AUGAGCUGCCUAGAUAUCCCUAUCGGUGACGGGCCUCGUUUGUUGCUCGUUGAUUCGUACGAUUCCUUCACUCACAACCUUGCUGCGCUAUGUCGUCAAGCCAUUCCCGGCUGUCACGUACAUAUCAUAAAAAACGACAUUCUCUCUGUUGAACAGCUGUCCAGUGUCCUCCCUUACUUCUCUGCCGUGAUCGUUGGGCCGGGGCCGGGAUCUCCAGAGAAUGCGGAAGAUAUUGGGAUAGUCAAACAUUUGUGGAAAAUCUCAGACGACAUCAUGCUCCCAAUAUUUGGCGUCUGCCUAGGACUCCAGAGUCUUGCCAUUGAAUUUGGGGCCAGUUUGAAGAGACUACAUGUUGUCAAACAUGGACAGAUCUCACGAAUACAUCACGAUGGGACUGAUCUUUUUCAAGGUGUUGGGGUCGCAUGUGCUGUACGUUAUCAUUCUCUCCACGUCGAGCUACCCGAAAAUGGCGAGAUAGAGCGACUUGCAUGGGCCGACGACGGUGCUGAAAACGGACAAGUUGUCAUGGCCGUAAAGCAUAGGACAAAACCCUUUUGGGCCGUCCAAUAUCAUCCGGAAUCCAUCUGCACCGCAGGGGGUGGUCUUGAUGUGCUCCGCAACUUCUGGUGCCUGGCACAGGUCUGGCUUGCUACUCUCGCGCGAAUGGUUCGGCAUUUUGAACCGGAGAUCAUUCAACUGGUCGGUCCGCCUUGGCCUCACCUGCGUCCGCAUUCCCCUCCCAGCUCCCCACGAGGACCUACUACAUCGACAGUUGCUACUUCGGUUAUAGAUCUACCAAGGAUGUCCGUGUCCUCUCUAUGUGAGCUCCUCGGUGCUCGUGACGAAGCCUCACCUUUUGUUAUUUUAGAAUCGGCUGCUCAACCAGGCCGAUUCUCGAUCGUUGGUUCCUUAACUGCCGGUUCGCCUAGGAUAACCUACGUCGCAGGCGAGGCGCAUGUGCGCCUUACCAGAGGAAGUAAAUCUACUUUGGAGUCUUUGGGAAGCCAUGAUAUCUGGUCCUGGAUCGCCUCGUUUGUUCGUUGCCGCAAGAUAGGUGGUGGUGCCCCCGAAAUUCCUUUUUGGGGCGGGCUUGUUGGUUAUCUAGGCUACGAGAUCGGCGUCAACACAAUCGGCGUACAUUUACCAUCGCGAGGCUGUGUCAAUAGUACCGAGCGGCGACCUCCGGAUGUGAAUCUCGUUUUCGUCGAACGGAGCGUCGUCAAGGACAUGUUGACCGGGAAGGCUUACGUUCAAACAAUUAAAGCAAACGACGAAGCGUGGCUGAGAGACACGGUUGCGAAAUUGAGGAGCCAAUCUGACAGCUGCUCUGAAAAAGCUUCAAACACCAUCACGGGACCCAUCUUUCUCGAUGCACCUCGUGUUACGCUACCCGACAAAGCCUUAUACAAAUCUCGUAUCGCGCUGGCGAAGGAGCAUCUUUUUGCUGGCGAUUCGUAUGAGCUCUGUCUCACCGCCCUCACACGUAUCCGCGUAUCGUCUUGGAAACGCUACUCCGGUUCAUCAACUUCAUGGGACCUCUACAAGCUCCUUCAGCAUCGUAAUCCCGCCCCACAUGCUGGCUACCUUCGGCUUCAUCCUACCACCCUCGUCUCUUCGUCCCCGGAGCGCUUUCUCUCCUUCUCUCGUCCGUCCUCCACUCUGUGCCAGCUCCGUCCAAUCAAAGGGACAGUCCGCAAAGGCCCUGGCAUCACCCGCGAAGUUGCUGAACAGGCGCUGAAGGGCUCCGCCAAAGAAGUGGCAGAGAACCUGAUGAUCGUCGACCUCAUCCGCCACGACUUGCACGGGGUCGUGGGGGAUGACGUCACGGUCAAGCAGUUCUGCAGCGUAGAGGAAUACGAGACUGUGUGGCAGCUCGUGAGUGUCAUAGAGGGAAGAUUAUCCGAGGGUGCAGAUGGCCCCGAUCUGGACUCUGAGGGCGAACUAGGAUGGGAGGUUCUCCGAAGGAGCCUGCCUCCAGGGAGUAUGACUGGGGCACCCAAAAAACGAAGUGUGGAAAUUUUGCAAACCCUUGAAGAUAAUGAACGGAACAUAUAUUCAGGUGUCUUCGGGUACUGGUGCGUAAGUGGCGGAGGUGACUGGUCUGUCGUCAUUCGCAGCUGUUUCAAACACGACGAUCGGUAUGAUUAUCCUACCCCACGCGGACACGAUGGCGGCAAACAUGCGUCUAAAGACGCACAAGAUGUGGAAGAGGAGGAAUGGACGAUCGGUGCAGGCGGUGCCAUCACCGCGCUUUCUGAUGAGGACGCAGAAUGGGAUGAGAUGAUCGUAAAAUUGCAGAGUGUGCUUCAGACAUUCGAAGAGGCAGGACAAAGAGUAUAGGAGGUAUGGCCGUUUGUAUAUGGGCGUGGAGUCAUCAACUGGCUUCCAUUAGUUCGCCUAGAGUCUGUAUCAACACAUUCUGACUAGCACCACAUACUUAGAUAACGACCGUAGCUACAAAAUCGUACUGAUAAUUCUGUAGCAUAGUUUUUUCUCAAUUAUCAAUGUUGUUUACUUCG